AUGGGUUACAUACAGCGCUGGGUUGGCCUAGAUGCCCGCGACAACGCGAAGACAUUGGAGCGGAAACUCGUCGUCAAGUUGGGUACGUACCUUAUCUGA